UCAAAUUCAAGCUAGUAAGAGUGCUACCGUUCUUACCAAAAACAUGCAAUGAGUUUUAUUGGAAAAGUAGUGUUGAUUACAGAUGCCAGUUAUGGCAUUGGUGCUGAUACAGCUUUCCAUUUGGCGAAAAAUUUGGGUGCUAGUGUUCCGUUAACAAUUGUCGCCGAUGUGUCAAACGAAGCCGAAAGAAUUAUUAACGAAACAGUUGAACAUUUUGGACAAUUAAAUGUGUUAGUGAAUAACACCGAAAUCAUGAUGAAAGGCAGUGGAUUGCAAGCACCCGUUUCAGACUUUGAACGUUCAUUUGAUGUAAAUGUACGAAGUGUCAUAACUCGUUCAGUUUUGUUGACGAAAUUUUCGAUUCCACAUCUCGAAAAAACCAAGGGCAACAUAGUUAAUAUAACAACUAUAGCAAGCUUAAGAACUACACCGAACAUUAUGACCUACUACAUUUCAAAGGCGGCUCUAGAACAAUUUACCAAAUGUUCAGCAAUGGAUUUGUCAUCAAAAGGAAUUACACUGAAUUCAAUUAUAAAUCCGAUUACGAGGUGUACACCAGUAUACGAAACAUUCGGAUUAAAUACCGAACAAGCCGAAAAAAUGCUGGAAGAAUAUAAAAAACGAUAUCCAGUAGGUACAGUCGGAGAUGUUUAUGAUACACUUGCAGCGAUUUCUUAUUUGGCCGACGAUAAAUCGUACUCACUUCUUUCUGGUGUUUUGCUUCCAAUCGAUUCGACAAUUGCUUGAAUUCAAUUAAAUGCAUUCAAUCAUAAAAACACUUUUAAUCGAAUGUAGAUGAAUGCAAAUAAAAAAGUUUGAGGAAUACAAAUGGUAUUAUUCUUUAA